UGUCCAUGUGGGCACAUCCUCAUCCGGGUGCUGAUCCGGAGGAAGGAGGGGAAAGGGGGUUAAGGGAGUCAACCUGUGUGUGCGUUUCUGAGUGCGUGUAUAUGUGUGUUUGAGCAGCGUUUAUCGUGGAGGGUCCCAUGGAUUCCGUCCCAUCAUCUUGCUGACGCUGGGUGCUUUCAUCGCUUGUCUGUGUGGCUGAAUGGAGACUCCUGUCCUAUGGAUUCCUUAUCAAUGAGUGAGAGAGAGAGAAAGAGAGAAGGCCAUCUGCCGAUCAAGGACGCACCAUUUGCAGUGGUCGGCAGCCUGAGGCGUGAGGAUCAGGGGCUCUUUAGUGGGUAGACAUGGAUGCGCACGGCAGAAAAUCUAGUUGUAGGGGUAGAAAUGGUCUCCUCUCUGUCUCCGAUGUCGAACAUUGGCAGUUAAUCCCUUUGUCAAGUUUUUCCCGUCCUGCGUGCAAAGCCCCCUUCCCCUGGAUGGGCUAUUAACUCCGGUCACACUCGCUUCCGUGACGUUGUGUUGCUACCCGUUGGCUGCUCAACUACGCAGUCUUGCGAGGAAGAGUAAGCAGCGCGAAUCGGCUCUUCAUUGUACUAUCCCCCUCCUGUAAGACGACGUUGUACAGUGUUCGAGAAAGGAAUCAUCCGAAGCCCACAGUUAUCUUGCUGCUUGUCCGUGGAUCAUCAUCCCGCUCCCCUCAUCCUGUUCUCGUAGCCUCUGGUUCAGAUUGAUUCGUAUUCGUCUCUGCAGUUGGACUAACAGGGAGCGACGAUUUCCUAUCAACAUGUUGGGAUGUGCGGAGACAUGCAUCAGCUAGUACAACCAGAGAAUCUGAUUCUUCGACCCUCUGCCAGAGCUAUUCGAAGAAAGCACUCGGUGUGAAAAACAUAGCCAGAUAUGUGCUUCUUGGAGUCAUGUCGUGAAAUCGGCGUCGAGUCUUAGUUUCAUUCAGCAUAUGCUCCGAUUAUGCGCCUUGGAAUCUUAGGAAUCUAUUCGAUCCAAUUAGGUUGUCGAGAGGGACGGCGCAAGAAUAUAACAUUAUCCCUACAACGAUACAGUAAGCCUUCAAUUACCAAGCCGACAUGCGCCGGCCGUAACAUAUUAGCAAGAAGAAGCGAAGCAUGGAGGAUGAUGGGUCUUCCGAAAUCUUGUUGACUCAGGACUCCAUUGGAGUCGCGACGAAAGUUGCCGGCUAAUUGCUGAAUUCAAUUAACACCAUGAGGACAUCACGCCGAGCGGAUGGCCUUCCGCAGGCUCCGUGUCCAUCCAGCACAAUGCAGAGGUUUGCGGUAGGUCACUCUUCACAUCCUGGAGAUGGAAGUGUAUACGGAUCCGCAUCUUCGAACCUCGCUAUGUUUGCGAAAGAUAUGGGAGGAGCGGGCCAGCACAUCAUGGACAUGAGUAGAGGUAAUCUGGAUCGGCGCGGUGCUGCACAAACCUGGGUCAACCCGUAUUCCAACCCAGAGUUUGAAUACGUUUAUCUAGGCUCUCCACAGACAUCGCAGGAUUCUCAGACACCGCUUAUCCUAGAUCCUGGCAUGUCCUCUGUCUCGAGUGGCUCUCAGGUUCUGCAGCCACCAACUGGAAAUGUUCACUACAAUGCCAGUUAUGGACGCACUUCGCAGUCAAAGUAUGCGGUGCAGCCCAGCUCGAAUUUUCAAGGUCAUCUUCAUCCUGCUCAGCAGUUUAGCGCCCCACCCAUGCAUCGUCACAAAGCGCCAGAAAUGCACACGCCGUUCUCCCAAGAAUUCUAUAACGUGCAGGAUGAAAUCGAUAUGCAGUCAUACGAGGACAUUUGGCGAAACUUGGAAUCAGACUUCCUCGCCCAAACAUCGGCGCAGUACGACGCGACUCCCGGAGACAUCAACAUGGUCGAUGCAGUGUACAAUGUCAGUCAAUCCACACCAGGCAUUCCAUUUCCAGUGCCAAAUCAAACACAGCCUGUCUCCAGACCUAUUGCAGAUCAAAAAACCUGGAACAUGCUUUCGAAUUCUGUACAGAACGAGGCCGAGAGCUCUAGCAACGUUCGAACCAGAUACGGCAAUGCUUCCUCGUCCACACGACAUCCGUUUGGAUUCAAUCCUCCGCGACACUUCGCUGAGCAGGCUCAACCUCAUCAGCGCUCCGAAGUCGCCCAGAAUCGUGACCUGAGUUUUCAUCAGUCUGUGAUGGAAACCAGACCGGAUUUUAUGGAUAUGGUCAUGGAUGAUUCAGUCUCUGAUGGGAUUUCUAUCACCGGCUCGAGUGAUAAUCAACUCCGCCAUGCACAGUCACCGAAUUAUGGAUUUGGUUCGCAUGGAUAUGCAGGUACAGCCUCGAAUUUUGGAGAGCGUCAGCACUCAGCCGUGCAACAAUCCUUUCAACCUGAAAACAAUUCCAGGGAGCAGAUGCAGACCAAUCAUCAAUACAACAGGUUUCCGGAGCAUAGGGAAGCGUCUUUCAGUUCGGGAGGAGAUUUGUAUAAUGAGACGAAAUCCGGAGUUGAGAGUGAUUUCUCCACUUUGAUGGCACCGGGACAAUCAGGAUUGCGAAGCCUGGGUGAAUCACGUUGGGCUGAGCAGCUUCUGAAUCUCUGUGCAGCUGCUAUAGCCAGCAAGAACAUCAGCCGAAUGCAGCACCUCAUGUGGGUGUUGAACGAUCUAGCCUCCGUGGUUGGCGAUGCCAAUCAGCGAUAUGCAGCUUACGGACUCCGUGCACUGUUCUGUAGGAUUACGGGGAGGAUGGAAGCCGCCAAGACGUAUUUGCGUCCGAGGCACUACGAUCAGGAACAAAGCUACGGUCCCAAAAUGGUGCACCGUGCUCUCGUGAAGUUCCACGAACACGUCCCCUGGCAUCAAAACUGCUAUUCCGUCGCGAGCCAAACCCUGCUGGAAGUCUGCGCGGGAAAGAGCAGGUUGCACAUCAUCGACAUCGGCGCUGGCAAAGGCAUCGAAUGGCCCAUCUUUAUUGACGCUCUUGUCAGCCGCUCUGGCGGACCGCCGUCCAUUCUGAGGAUGACCAUGAUCAGGGACCUUCAGCGGGAAGAGCCCAACUUGCGAACCCGGGGCGGCUCCGAAGCCGCUGAUUUCAUGACGAGGUUGGUGAAAUUUGCCAGCCUUCUCGGCUUGCAUGUGGAAGUGAACAUGGUGCGAAAACCGCUUGAAUGCGUCACUCGCGAGGAUUUGAAACUCAGAGAUGGGGAGAUUCUAGCCGUUGUCUGCCAAUUUCGCCUUCACCGGUUAUCAGAGGAACUCGACUACCAGUCGUCUCCACCGGACCUGUCCCCCCGGGACAAAUUCCUUGACUUUUUAUUCACAUUAGAUCCUCACAUCUUCAUCCAGAGCGACAAUGACAGCGAUCACUGCUCCCAGGACUUCUUGACGCGUUUCCAGAACGCGGUCUCCUUCUGGUGGAGAUGCUUUGAGUCGAUUGACGUUGGUUACAACGGUCGCGACCCGGACGAGCGUCAAAUCAUCGAGUACGAGGGUGCCAUGAUGCUGCUCAACAUGGUGGCAUGCGAGGGCAUCGCCCGCAUCGAACGAAAUGAGUCGUAUCCGCAGUGGGCGCGGCGCAUUAAGCGCGCCGGAUUCAUGCCGCGCGAGCUGAGCGAAGAGACGAAGAAAGUUUCUCAGAACCUGGUUGCUAACCACAGCGAAUUUUGGGAGACAGCAUUCAUUGAAUCCAAUAUGGUGAGCCUUCUGUGGCGCAAGCAACCCACGACCUUCACGUCAGUCUGGAAAUCGUCUAGUUGCACCAACCCCAAGCACUCAUGUAAGUGCAGCAAGCUGCACAACUAACUUCCCGAUUCAGUUCCCUCUAAAUUCUCACUUUCUCACCAUGUUUGUCUGCACAUUUUACAACUGUAAAUCAAUUUUGACAGUGGAAUUUUUAAAAAGUAAAGUGCUUGAAUCAGCUGGUGUGAAGCUACCGUUACAAUUAUUCCCAAAAGUGAGUUUCAAGGUGCUGCACUUGAUGCAGCUGAUGCAUUCUAGCUUGGCUGGAAGUUCAAUGAUUGUAGGCAUAGAAGUUAUUCUUUCUGAAGUGUUUUUACUUCCACUGGUGGUGGUUAGGAAUGUGUACGCGGUGUCUGUUUUAGGCAGAGGGCUAGUGCAGCAAUGCUGAAACCCACGUGUGGCUAUGAAACUUACGGAUGCUCCGUGUUUGUGGAAUCACUUGGAGAUAUUUGCAGCAGAACAAAUUCAGUAGUUGUGGUGCACUGUUUUGAAAACGAAUGAGUUGAAUGUCAUUCCUCUGACUGAAAGCAAUGGAGAAACUUGUUGUCACUGCGUGAU